AUGGACAAUAGACGUCAUACAAUGUCAGAUCUUUAUUUGAAUUCUGGAAUUCUGAUUUGGGAAGAACAUUCAUCAGCUGGAAAAGAAGCGAUUCAGAAGUAUCUCUCGGACCUGCCCCCUUCAGAACAUGUAUUAAUGGCUUUAGAUGCUCAAGCAGUAACAGGUGGAGCCGCUGGAUCACAACCAACGAUUUUAAUAACAUCUAGUGGUAUAGUCAAAUUUAAUCCCAAAUCUACUAAAGUGACGCAAAUAUCAUUCCAUCAGCAUUUUCUUUUGACAUGCCAAGGUGACAGCUGGCGCAUCGUUAGUGAUACUGUAAGACACCAACGAUGA